AUGGCAUCAAGGCAGGAUUUCACAAUUACCGCCUGUGAAAAAUGUGGCGAAACUUCUACGCAAGACGAAGGCAUGGUAGGAUGCAAUGGUUAUGCUGGAUGGUUCCACUAUCGCUGCGUUGGAGUCACAGACGAAGUGAAAAAGCAAAAAAAGUGGUUCUGUCCGAGCGAAGCGUGUCAACAAUUGUUCCACAAGUUUCAAAGAAAGCAAGAAGCAGGGCGAAAGGGUGCUUUGAAGAAAACAGAAGGUUCUGACAAAUCAAGCACAACUUCUGAACAAAGAAUGAGUCUUUGGAGCGAAAAUAAAGAUGAAACGAUCAGAAUGCAGGACACUAAUCAGUCUGUCAGAGAAGAAACGCAUGAGACUGAAAAACUACAAGCUUUGGAAAAACAAGAUAUGGAAAUCGAGGCAAUGACAAGGCAGUACGAAUUGGAAGCAGAAUUACGGGAACGAAAGCUUAAGUUAGAGGAACAGAUGUUGAAAAAAGCUUUAAAUGAUAAACGGAUGUAUUUAGAGAAAGCCAAGAAAAUGCGUGAAUCCUAUCAAUCCCAAAUGGAUGUCAUGGAUAAGGAGUUAGCUGAGCUGAGUAUCGGAUCUAAGACCGGAAUGGCGAAGGGCGGUUGUAGUAAAACUUCGACACCUGUGGGAAAAUCUAAACUACACAUCAGCAAAAAUUCGUCUAAGCUUCCAAAGCGCGGAAGCUGCGAUAAAGAUACGUCAUCAGAUUUAGAAAGUAGCACGACUGAUAGUAUCAUGGAUAGCUCCUUCUCCGAUUCAACAGAUAGUGCUUCUGUUAGCUCUUUAUACAGUUCAAAAGAUGCUUCACGAUACCUUGGAACAAAUCGAGACGGGCCAACAAAAACUCAGUUGACGGCAAGGAACGGGCUAACACGAAAGUUACCGUCAUUUUCUGGCAAGCCAGAAGAAUGGCCUCUGUUUAUGAGUAGCUACACAUCUUCAACUGAAGCGUGUGGUUACAAUAAUAUUGAAAACUUAAUUCGUCUGCAGGAAAGUAUAAAAGGUCCUGCAUUAGAACAAGUACGUGGGAUGCUUCUAUAUCCUAAAACCGUUCCAAAAGUGUUGAAGAAACUUCGACAGUUAUAUGGUCGUCCUGAAUUAUUAUUACAACACUAUGUUGACAAGAUUCGUAGUUUAGAAUCACCAAAGGCUGAAAGGUUGAAUUCUUAUAUCCCUUUCGGAAAUGCCGUGGAACAGCUUUGCGACCAUUUGGAAGCCGCUGAAUUGAAAACCCAUUUAAUGAACCCCACGUUGAUCCAGGAUCUCGUGGCUAAAUUACCAGCCAUCAACAAAAGAGAAUGGGCUCGUUACAAAAAGAGAAAGUCUGUAGUCAAUCUUCGCACCUUUGCUAAAUUCGUUUCCAAAAUCGUGGCGGAAAUCUGCGAAACAAAUAUCGAUUUGAGUCAAUCGUCAGAUCCCCAAAAAGUAAGAUCCAAAGAGAAAGGAGUUUUCAAUCACAUUACCGAAGAAAGGCCAAGGAAUACUCAAAAGCCGUGCAAAGCUUGUGGGCGUACGGACCAUCGUUUACGUUUCUGUGACGUUUUCAAAAACAUGCCACAAGCGCAACGUCUAGAGUUGGCAGAACAGUGGCAAAUUUGCCAUACUUGCUUGAACGAUCAUGGUCAACUCACUUGCCGAUUCCGUAGAAUGCGCUGUAAUGUAGGAGAUUGUCAGGGGCGUCACCAUUCCUUGCUCCAUCCGUCAGAUGGUCCAAUCGUAUCUUUAAAUGCACACUUUCCAAGCUUUUCAAAUAUCAUGUUUCGAAUGAUUCCCGUAAGUUUACGUUUUCGCGGAAAAGUCGUGAACACGAUUGCCUUCCUUGAUGAAGGAGCGUCAGUCACCCUGAUCGAGAAUUGUCUCGCAAAAAGAUUAAACUUAGUUGGCCAACUAGACCCACUCACCAUUAAAUGGACGGCAGAUGUAACACGAACCGAGAAAGAUUCAAUUCGAGCAGAUAUGCAAAUAUCAUCGAAGGCGAACAGUCACGGUUGGGUGCUACGAGGUGUUCGAACGGUAUCUCAACUACUUCUACCAGUGCAAACUUUGAACGCCGAGGAACUUAAAGUGCAUUAUCCUUUUCUAACUGAAGUACCAGUUCAAUCCUUCUCUGGAGAAAGGCCUGGACUUCUCAUCGGACUGAAUAAUUUGGAUGUGAUCGCCCCCCUGGAGACUAGACUAGGAAACGUCGGUGACCCUAUAGCAGUGCGGUCCAAACUAGGUUGGUCGAUUUACGGCCCAAUCGGGGAAGCGAUAACAUGUUCGACUAGUGGUUAUGUAGGAAUCCAUGCGGAACCUACUAACCAAGAAAUACAUGAUUUACUUAAAUUGUAUUAUUCUGUAGAUGAGUCUGUUGAGUCAAUAUCAACUGAAUCAAAGGAAGACCAGAGAGCGCGUCGUAUAUUGGAAACGACCACGAUGAGAAUCGGUGACCGUUUCGAAACCGGGCUUCUGUGGAAUACAGAUAGCCCCUGGUUUCCAAAUAGUUACGGUAUGGCGUUUGGUCGCAUGCAGGAACUCGAACGGCGAUUAUUAAAUAAGCCUCAACUGUACGGAAAUGUUUGUUCACAAAUCGAACAAUACUUACAAAAGGGCUAUGCUCACAUAGCGACAGCUGAAGAACUGUCGGAAACCAACUCCCACCUAACGUGGUACUUGCCGCUGAAUGUGGUUUUGAAUAAAAAUAAGCCCGAUAAAGUUCGUUUAGUUUGGGAUGCGGCAGCCUCGGUUAAAAGGGUUUCACUGAAUUCUCAACUAUUGAAUGGUCCAGAUAUGACGGUGUCCUUGCCGGCUGUCAUCAAUCGUUUCCGGGAGCGCCGAGUCGCUUUUGGAGCCGACCUUAAGGAGAUGUAUCAUCAAAUCCGAAUAAGGACAGAAGAUAGGCAAGUACAAAGGUUUCUUUUCCGCGCAGAUCGCUCCAAGCCUCCCACAACUUAUGUCAUGGAUGUAGCCACCUUUGGCGCAACAUGCUCCCCGUGUUCGGCUCAAUAUGUAAAGAACCUUAACGCUAGUGAAUUCGCGACAGAGUACCCCAAGGCAUCGGCUGCAAUUGUAAACAAUCAUUAUGUUGACGAUUAUUUUGACAGCGUAGACACUGUAGAACAAGCGAUUGAAUUAGCCACUCAGGUACGAUACAUUCAUAUUAAGGGCGGGUUUGAAAUUCGGAACUGGGUCUCAAAUUCAAGAGAAUUGCUUAUUAAAAUAGGUGAGCCUAAUGCGAUCCAAAGUAUUCAAAUCAGCCGAAACAAAGAGACCAACAAUGAACGAGUCUUAGGAAUUAUCUGGAACCCGCAAGAUGAUAUGUUUUCUUUUUCCACUACUCAUAGAGACGAAGUUAGCAAAUACUUACAUGGAGAUUCACGACCGACUAAACGUAUCGUCCUCAGUUGCGUCAUGGGGUUUUUUGAUCCGUUGGGCUUACUCUCUCCAUUCACUGUACUGGGAAAGAUGCUUAUCCAGGACCUGUGGCGCACUGGCUGCGAAUGGGACGAAAAAAUAGAUGACGAUUCAUAUGCCAAGUGGAAAAACGUACGGCUGCGCAGUCUACCUUCGGGUGAAAUGGUCUACUGGCAUUAA